AUGGCCCAGCUGAGUUUGUUCAUCACUUUAGUUGUUAUAGGCGUUGCUCAUGCAGCGCUAAGAGUGCAACGAUCACCUCAAUUUUCUGGUGCAUCAGCGAGUGCUGCAGCAGGAGGAUUUGGCAGGCCUGGUUUCGGUGGGCCUGGAGAAUUUGGCAGGCCUGGUUUUGGCGGGCCUGGAGAGUUCGGCAGGCCUGGCUUUGGCGGACAUGGAGCGUUCGGCAGGCCUGGUUUUGGCGGGCCUGGAGGAUUUGAUCGGCCUAGAGAAUUUGGUCCGGGUGGUUUUGGCGGGCCUGGAGGAUUUAGUUCCGGUGGUUUCGGCGGGCCUGGAGGAUUCGGACGACCAGGCUUCGGAGAUCGUUACCCACGACACGGUGGUUCAAUAAACAUCUCAAAGAGUGUCAGUAUCAGUUCAGGCCGAGGUGGCGGUAAAUCUGAGGCUAGUUCAGGCUCAUUUGGCGGAAAGUAAUUGAUUUUAAUUACCUUACCAAAUAAAUGGAUGAUGCAGAUGAAUGUGGCGGACGGACUAAAGUCACAUAACCAGUUAUUAAAACUAAAAUCGGUGUAUUUAA